CUGACUCAUUACACCCUCUCUACCGCCAAGCUAGUCACUAUGAUCCUCUAGCUGGCUUCUCCCUGCUUCUGCAGAUGCUUGAGUGGAAUAUGACCUCUCCCCUCAACCCUUAAUUGUGUCUCUUUUACCCUCUCACUCUCACCAGCUGAGCCUCCUCCCAGCCUCUCUCGCUCUCCCCCACAGCCAUGGCGUCUCGUGUGACCGAGGUCGCCUCGCGGCUCUACGACGCCUGCCUCGAGAGGUUCGAAGCCGAUCACCUCUUCUAUCAGCAAGAUCUACUCGCCCUCGAUGUCAUUCCCAAGGGAGAAAUUGACCUACUACUGAAGUGCGCCCAGUCACUGGUCGAUCAAAAAUUGUUCCGACUCCACCAAGGUGCCAAUAACCGCCUCGCAUGGAAGAUUAUUUCUCGUGACGAUGCCGAGAAACUUCAGAGUCUUAGCCCCGACGAGAGCUUGGUGUACAAUGUCAUUCACUCCAGCGGACGCUCAGGCGUCUGGGUGCGCAACAUUCAGACCCGUACGAACCUUCACAAAUCCAUUCUCGAUCGCUGCGUGAAAUCUCUCGAGAGCAAAAACUACAUCAAGAGUGUUCACAAUGUCAAGUACCCGACUCGGAAGAUGUACAUGCUCGCGGGCUUGGCCCCAAGUGAGGACAUCACCGGAGGUGCCUGGUUUACCGACGGCGUCCUAGACACCAACUUUAUCAAUACCGUCGGUGGUUUCAUCGAAUUCACCGUGAGCAAGCGCAGCUGGUACGAAGUGCCAGCCGCCGACCGUGGCCGCAGCAAGCGAAUCAAGACCGCCACCGGCAUGGCCGAAGUCAAGUCCGAGUCCGAGAAGACGUACCUCCCCUACCCAGCCAACUAUUCUGGUUACCCGACCGUCGAAACUAUCACAAAUGAAGUCAACCAGAGCGGUAUCACUCCCGUGCGUCUGCCCGAAGACAGCAUUAUCCACCUGCUGCAAAUGCUGUGCUUCGACAAGAAACUCGUCGCGCUCAACAACGGCGGCAACUACAAGUCGCUUAAGAACCCCGCGGUGGUCAAGGCCAGCCAGUCCCGCAAACCCGCCGCCGAAGAGGGAGCCGGCUCACCUAUUCUGGGUCUGGGCAAGAAUGGAAUGACCGAGUCGCCCUGCGGAUCUUGCCCUAACAUCCGCCUUUGCUCACCCGGCGCUGCCAUCAGCCCCGAGACUUGCGAAUACUUUGACCCGUGGUAUGAGAAGGUGCUCGGGUUCUGAGUCUUGAACAAGAUAUUUAGGUUUGCAAGCUUUUCCAUCGUGGUGGCAUAAGAGUGGGUCCACUUCACCCGCAAAAUGAUUGUUGCCCGAAAUGGGCAUUCUUGCAACCGAAUCUUAUCAAAUACUCCAGAGGAAGAGAGCCCUUCCCACUCUCAUUCCUCAUCGACCAUCCAGACACCGUGACGCACACCGUGUCUCCCUUUUGCAUGCAAGAUGGAAGGUUAAAAAAAAAGGAUUUGUGCAUAGCGAUGGCGUUGUUUUACUGUGAUUAUUUCCCUGGCACCGGCUGUCCUUCGAACUGGGCAGCGACUGCUCGUAUGUAUCUUUAGGACAAGUCAGGGGUUACGCUUGAUGGCUUUGGCACGAAACUGCCUACACGAAUAGAGAGCAGCGGCUAGAAAAGAAAUUAACGUUUCUACCGGCGC